GUGUUUCUCUUUUAGGUUUUCACUUCACUUUAUACAUACAUAAUACACAGUGUAUAAACAGUGGUAGCAAGAAGAAACAAAAAAUGGAGACUGUUCUUAUACCACUCACUGACUACUCCAAAGGAAUGUAUGAAUCAAUGAAUAAGUUAAAUAGAAAAGGUAUCUCUCUACAAAUUAAUUAUUAAUGAUUGAAUUUGGAGUAAGAAUGAGAAUUCAUCAAAGGGUUUGAAGGAUUUGCGAAGAAAUUUGUUAUAAAGACAUAAAGUUUGGAUUUUUGCUUUUGAAAACUCGAGAUUUGGGGUGUGAAGAAAAAUCAAAAAAUAAAAAGAAUGUCGACUCACUCUAAGAAGAGUGGGGAAAAGAAAGAUGAAGUUGGAAAGCAACAACAAAGAAGAGAUCCUUAUGAAGUUCUUGGUAUCUCUAGAAACUCUACAGAUCAAGAAAUUAAAUCCGCUUACCGAAAAAUGGCUCUCAAGUAUCAUCCAGACAAAAACGCUAAUGAUCCUAAAGCAGCAGAUACUUUUAAGGAGGUUACGUUUUCCUAUAACAUUCUAUCUGAUCCAGACAAAAGGCGGCAGUAUGAUUCUGCUGGUUUUGAAGCCGUGGAAUCAGAAAGUCAAGAAUUGGAGGUCGAUCUUUCAAGUUUAGGAGCUGUUAACACCAUGUUUGCCGCACUUUUCAGUAAGCUUGGAGUUCCUAUCAAGACUACUGUUUCUGCAACUAUCCUUGAAGAGGCACUGAAUGGUGAGGUUACAGUUCGUCCACUUGAGCUGGGGCAACCUUUCAACAAGAAGGUAGAAAAACAAUGUGCACACUUCUAUUCUGUAACGGUUACAGAAUGGGAAGCACAAGCCGGGUUAGUUUGUAGAGUGCAAUCACCAGAUAAAAGCAAAUUCAAGCUGUUGUACUUUGAGCAGGAACAGAAUGGUGGAUUGAGCCUUGUACUUCAGGAGGACAGUGCGAAAACAGGAAAAGUUACAUCUGCAGGGAUGUAUUUUCUUGGCUUCCCUGUGUACAGAUUAGAACAAACUGCGAGCUCCGUGGGAUCUGCAAAAGAUCCUGACGCCACCUUUUUCAGAAAAUUGGAUGGAUUUCAGCCAUGUGAAUUAACUGAGCUAAAAGCAGGCACCCAUGUAUUUGCUGUUUACGGCGACAACUUUUUCAAAAGUGCUAGCUAUACAAUAGAAGUUGUUUGUGCUGCACCAUUUUCAGAAGAAAAAGGACAACUUAGGGAUGUGGAAACUCAAAUCUUAAGUAAGAGGGUCGAACUCUCAAAGUUUGAGAAAGAGUACCGAGAGGUCUUGGCUCAAUUCACCGAGAUGACAAGUAGAUAUGCACAAGAAAUGCAGUCCAUAGAUGAGCUUCUCAAGCAAAGGAAUGCAAUCCAUGCUUCAUAUACAAAUGGUCCAGCCCUAAAACGGAGCUCAAGUAGUAGAAAGAUGAGACAUUCCUUCAAGGAUUCCUUCAAGAGUGCGAAAGAGGAGGAAAGAGAAGAGGACGAGGAAGAAGAGAAAGAAGAAGAGGAAGAUGAAGAAGACACUCCAUCUAGAGAGAAGAAACCUAGCACGACAAAGGAGGGGAUUAAGAAAAAGAAAUGGUAUAAUAUCAACAUCAAGCUGGAUAAGAGGAAACCUUGCUAAAAAUUUACGCAGCUCAGAUGCCACGGUCAUUUGUUUUCCAUCUGUUCCUUUUCUCUUUAACUUGGAGACGAAGAACGAAGAUGCUAAUGGAUGGAUAGAUCCUAUUUUUGUAACUCUAGCACUGCAAAGACAACACCUUGCUGUCAUUCUUUUUCCUCCUGUUUCAGUUCUUGUUAAUUUUUCCAAAGAAUCAAAUGAAAAACAGUAUGAUUUUAUUUAGUGAAAACUAAUAUUUUGUUCCUUGGGUUCCA